GUUCGAGCGCUCUGAUUGGUCAACGGCAGUUCCCUUUCCUCCGUGUUCCGCUUUUUUCACGCCUCUGAAUAAUGAUAAUAAUGAUCAAGAUGGCUACUCCAGAAUCUCCCUUCGGUAGCUAAGCCUUAGUUUAAUGGAAACACUCAAAACUGCAAUUUCUUUCAGUUUAAGACCCUCGAAUGAGCCGGGGGCAGCGUCAAACACACUUCUUUAUGGAUUGAAACGCCCCGAGUGGAGAUAAAAGUCGUUGUGUUGCUCGGAGCACUUAUUCUGGGGAGGCUAACUAGCAGAGCACACGGCUAGCUGCAGUCGAUCGUCUCCGGGUGAGCUUUCCUAGCAGCUGGAGCCUCGCAGGAGCGUGGCGCUCCUCGUUUCGUGUGCCCGACCGUCGGACACAAAGCGUCAAAUGGCAGAGCCGAGGAAAGUGCAGUUCGUCACCCUCUCCUCCUUCAACACCUCCCCGCCGACCCAGGAGUCCAGCAAGAAGCGCCGCCGCGAGGAUGAGGCCGUCACUCACGGGAAAGAUGGAGGUGGAGGUGCCGCGGCGGUCGGGUCAGGAGGUGGCGGAGGAGGCUUGUUCGGCAACGCGAAGGGAGGCGACGCCGCCGCGGAGGACGGGAAGCCCACAGUCCGCCUCUGCCUGUCCCUCAGCGAGCCCAACGAGCGGGGGUCCUCCGAGUUCAACUACGGGGAGCUGGUCCAGCCCUCUCCGCAGGUGAAGGUUCCAGGCUCCUCAGUACCUAAAGGUCUUGCUCCCCCGCUGGACCCCAGCGAUCCCUUUGCUGAUGACGAAAAGGAAAGACGGGAGGUUGAGGAGCUGGCCAGGAAAUUUGAGAAUAAAUAUGGAGGUGCAGUGAAGAAGAAGAAGAAGGACCGGAUGCAGGAUCUGAUCGACAUCGGCUAUGGCUACGACGAGACCGACCCCUUCAUAGACAACUCAGAGGCUUACGAUGAGCUGGUGCCGGCCUCGCUCACGACAAAACACGGAGGUUUCUACAUCAACACGGGAACGCUGCAGUUCAGGGCCGCGUCCGACUCUGAGGGAGAAAACGAAGAUCAUUUCAAGAAGGUUAAAGACGGCGAAGAGAGAGCCAUUAAAAAACGGCGGAAAAAGCAGGACGGUGGAAUUCUGGAGGAAAAGAAACCCAGAAAGAAUAAAGUGCCAAAGACUGGAGUUCUGGUUCUGAACAGGCCGGAGAAGAAGAAGAGGAAGAAGCUGAUGAAGGAUUCUCUGCAUCUGGCCAACAUGCUGCGCCGCUUCACCAGGGAGAAGGAGGAGAUGCGCAAGAAGAACAUGGUCGUCGCCGGGACGCUCAACCGACCCAACGCCAAAGUGCCCAUCAGCGCCAACAGCACUCUCCUCACCGCCAACACCAAGGCCGCCAGCGGCAACGACUGCAACAUGACCGACCUGGCCGACGACCAGGCGGUGAUGUCGCUGCUCGGUGCCGCCAACAACGACCUGCUGCAGGACAUGAUGGGGGAUUUGGAUUUCAGCAUGUUGGACUCGCCGCAGCCCUGCAGCCCGGCGCAGGGCGAGAACGGCUCCUUUGGGGCGGGGCAUAAACUGGCUGCGGGGCGGCCGGCGCAGGGGAGCAUGAUGACCCCGCCUCCUCUGCCAAGUGGACUGCCGGGCCCGCUCACCAAACGCAUCGAAGACCUGAGAGCGGCGUCCCGGUUGUUUGAUGAAGAGGGCAGGAAGAAGUUCUUCACACUGGACAUGAACAACAUCCUCCUGGAUAUUGAAUUGCAGGUUCAGGAGCAGCCUGUAGAGGUGCGUGCUGCUGUUUACUCUCACCUCGAAGCCUUCGUUCCCUGCAAUAAAGAAGCACUUCUCAAGCGCCUUAAGAAGCUCAGCCUCAACAUCCAGGAUGACCGACUCCGGAACCCGCUGCUGAAGCUGAAGCUGGCCGUGUGCAGCGUCAUGCCGGAGCAGAUCGCACGCUACAACAUGGACUGCAUCGCCAAAGUCGCAAAGCACCAGUCUGAAGAAGGAGAGAAAAAUGGGUCGGAGGACGAUGACGAGGAGAAACCAGGGAAGAGGGUGAUGGGACCUCGCAAGAAGUUUGUGUGGGACGAUAAGCUCAGAACGUUGCUGUGUAACUUGGUGCGGGUGAAACUGGGCUGCUACGAGCUGGAGGGGAAAACCUCCGUGUCUCUAGAGGACUACCUGAAGGCCUUCAUGGAGACGGAGGUGAAACCGCUCUGGCCUAAAGGGUGGAUGCAGGCCAGGAUGUUAUUUAAAGAGAGCACCAUGGUUCACGGUCAUCUCACAGGUUACACUGCAAAGAAGAAGAUGGUCACGACUCCGAAGGCGCGGCCAAAGGAGGCGGCGUGGGUUCAGAGGCCCACACCCUCAGCAGCUGCCACGCCCUCCCCCGCUGCCCCGGUUGCUAAGCGACUUCCUCAGUCCCCCGCGGAGCCCAUAUGCCUCGACUCCCUGGACGAGGCUCCCUCCCUGGACUCCAUCUCUCAGGCCUUAGCCAUCCUUGGAAACGCAGCGAAGGGCUUGGCGCAGGGGGACAGCCCCCCGUCCCCGGAGAGACCCAAGGCCGCCGCCAUCCCGCCGACGCUCCUCGCCUCGCCUCUUCUCCAGCAGCAGAAGAAGACGCCGGUCAGCACUCCCGCCUCCAGCGCACCUCAUUACAUCUCUACCUCCUCAUCCUCCUCCAGCUCUCUGUCCCGGCCCCCGUCCGGUACGUCCUCCCCUCUGACCUCCGUGAGGGUGGAGGCCAUGGGGGUGUUGAAAGGCGCUGCGUCGCAGGUGCACCGACACCCCGUAUUGAACACUCAGAGACCUUUAAGUGUGGCUGUGACUAAAGCAAGCAUUCCCGUCUCGCAAGCCACGCCCAAGCCACGCCCCCCUCCCACUGCAUCCCCGUUGGUGGCCCCGGGACUGAAGGUGGGGGUCUCCACCCCCCCUUCUAGCCUCCUUAAAGGCAGCAAUAAUAAAGCCAACAGCGAUGCCAUCAUCAUCACGUCUUCUCAGUCGCGGCCGCUGACCAUCCAGUCGCCCGCCGCCAAUGUUUCCAAAACCUUCCAGGCCCCCCGUCUGGCCAUGACCCCCCAAAGUAAAUCGUCCCCUUCCCUAACUCAGACGCUCCCCGGCGCUCAGCCCCAACCACAGUCCAACUUCAUCACCCCCAUGCACGCCACCCUCACCAAAUCCACCCACAGCAGCAUCCCGCCCAUCGUCAGACUGACCCCCCGAACCCAGAACGCCGCCAUCACCACCACCGCCACCACCUCCGCCGCCACCUCCGUUUCUCUGACUCCUCGAUCUCAGGCAGCUCCCCCCAUACACCAGUACCCCCCCAAAUCCCUAGCAGGCUACCGCCUGCCCUUCUCAGGUUCCACAGGAGGAGCAGCCAAGCAGGGGCCCGGCAGCUACUCGUCUCCAAGCAGCCAGAAGACUCCGAGCAUCAACAGCAGCACCAACACCAGCCUUAUAAACACCUCAUCCAUAAGCAAGCAUUCAGGAACCAGUGCCUCCCCCGCCGUGGCCUCCGCUGCCCCGGGCCAGCGCCAGAGGAUAGGGGGUGGGACGCCUCAGGGGUCAAAGCCAGUCGUGUCAGUCCCUCCUGUCCCCCUGUCGUCUGUCGCGUCUCAGCUACCGCAGGUCUCCUCGGCGGGGGGCGGGGGUCUGCUCAGCUCAGCCUCAUCUCUUCCCCUCGGCUUUGGCAUGCUGGGGGGCCUGGUGCCCGUCUCCCUGCCGUUCCAGUUCCCGGCCAUGCUGAACCUUCCUCAGAUGGGCACGGGGGGCUCCAGCACGGCGGCCAGCAGCUCGCCGGCCAGCAGCAGCAGCAGCACCCCCUUCUCCACGCUGACCCAGAAUCUGAGUCAAAGUCAAGGAGGAGACGUGAAGAGAAAGACGCUAUGAUCCCGCCGGAUUUCGACGCCCAUCCGACACUCUUUGAGGCGGUCCGGGUUGGAACGAGGGUUUCAGUCACAGGUCUCGCCUCAAAUGGAUUUCCUUCUCGACUCCACAGCUAAAGAACUUUUUUUUUUUUUAAAAAAGAAAAACUCCUUCAUAGAACUGUUAAAACGGCAAAUACAGUUUACAAAUGUUUACAAAUAGACCUAUAUCACUGUGGACUGGGGGGUGGCAUUAACAGGGCAGCGAGUGUGAAUGAGUGUGUGAAUGAGGGACUGUGCUUUUUUAUGUCUCCCACUCUGAUGCAUGGUCAGUGGUCAUUUGGUGCUCUUUUUAUCUUAAUGUAAUUAUCACUGAUUAUCUGUAUGAAUUGUAAACAAGCUUAUUGUUAAAAUCUGAGCUUUUAUGAGAGCUGUACAUGUUUUCAAUGAACUUGAAUUCUUGCGAUGAAUUUUUCUGUAUAGAGCUCAAGCCUUUUAAUUAAAUUCCUUUAAUGGAG